CUCAACCAGAUGUCGGGCGAUCGACCUCACAACGGUGUAAUACUCGAAACGUCGACUCUGCCAGCGCCUCCAAUUCUCGGCCUGAUGAAACCUGAGCUGCGCCAAGGCAUCAUCCCAGUUGAGCUUGGGAAGCAAAGUAGCGAAGAAGAAGAGAUCAACGGUGCACCCAGAACCAUUCGUGCUCUCGGCAGCAGCUGGCGUUAUCCUUUCGUGCUGCUGCUCGAUGGCAUUACAGACCCUGGCAACGUUGGCAACAUCAUUCGCACAGCCCAUUUCUAUGGCGUGGACGCGAUCGCAAUUGCCACCAAAACAUGCGCCAAUCUGUCUUCGGCAGUACUAGCAAAAGCAUCGUCUGGUGCUUGCGAAGCCGUGCAAAUCCUUGAUGUUCCGUCAGCAUCUGGCUUCAUUCAUUCCUGCUCAAAAUAUCGCUGGAAGAUAUAUGGAGCUGUGGCGCCGACUGCAGAAGAUGCUAGUCGGCCAAACAACGACCAGCACAUCACCGCUUCUACGCUGUCCACCAACAGCCCUCUCGCUAAGCAUGCUUGCAUUCUCAUGCUCGGUGCAGAAGGAGAAGGCUUGCGUCAGAACCUUCGAGCUCGUGCGGACAAGUUCGUCUCGAUCGAAGGCGGCGCCAGAGCAGAAGGCACACCAGACGUCGGAGUCGACAGCGUGAACGUUGGCGUUGCCACCGGUGUUCUACUGGAAGCAUUUUUGCGCAAGCCC